UUUAGCCUACAAAGCAGCAUAAGAAAAGUUUUCCAUGUUCUCAAGUAGACUAUAACUCCUGGAGUAUGCUAAUCCUUAUAUUUCCACACGAUGGUGCUCAAGGGCGUUCACAGUAAAGAAAACACUGAAUCUUAAAUGGUUGGACGACCAUGAAUCCAAAACAAUGCAACAUUUCCAACAUUUCCAACAAAAUCCAACAUUUCCACUUUUGAGAUGAUACAAUUGCCUUGUUUGCAAUAUAUGCAGCUUAUAACAACGGUAAUUAUUCUGUUUUUAUCUUCAUUCAUGUUUCAGCAUGGUAAUACAUGUAUUAGUUCUCUUCAUUUAAACGCAGAGAAUGGUUUUAUUUGACCAACGCUUUUGCUUGAUGGCACAUCGCUUACUGUCUAUGGAUCGCACACAUGUGGCUGUACGUUUUUUUACGGUAGCGUUACUGUAUGUAGAAUGGAACUUGUAGAAACUACAUUUGCAACAGGACAGGAGAACUUAAUGUAUGUGUACUCAGCGCAAUUAGGUAAAAAGUCAUUAUUCCUAAUUACCGAGUUGGUUUUGGGCAUUGAGAUGUGUCUCGGUUUAAAUAUUUCCGUAAUUUAGGCUAGUUCUCGGCUAAAGGACAUUGCGAAUAGAAGUAAUGACAGACGUCUAAAUAGCUAGUUAUGCUAAAUAUUUUUUCCAGAUUGCAUUUUUACAUUUGUAUCCCUCUGGCCUGGUUGUAAUUAACUCCUACACAACGAAGCAAAAAUGAUGGCUACGAAGGGUCUGGAACUGCAGUUGAUACCCUGUGACACGCUAGACAAAAACACUCAAAGAUGCCGAAUCGGUCCAGGCCUCAUGUCCAGCCUCAGACUUAAUAUUGGUUCACCUGUCCUAAUAUCUACACCCGGAGGUGCCUGCCUGUGCACGGCUUGGCCAAGAAAUGACCUGGCAGAGGGCUAUUUUCAGUUUGAUACUAAAUGUGUUACACCUAAUUUCAGGCCAAUACACAAUCCCUAUCAUUUUAACUGUGAAGAUAUUAGGCCACUGAAUGGUCAGAAACUAAAACGUAUAAAAGUAAAUGUAGUUGUAAAAAGUAGUGAGUUUAAGAAAAGAAUUCCCCCUCAUUUAAUUAAUGACAUCGUGAAGGAAAUUCUCUGUGGUGUUUAUGUGCAUGAGAAGCACAUCAUUGCUGUCAAUUCCUUUGAAACUGAAAUGAUCUGCAUUCACAUUGAGAACGUAAACUCAGGCUCCACUAAGGUAGGUCUUGUCACAGAGAGGACCUGUUUGGAAUUAGCAGCGGUCAUCACUCAUGCAGAACACAGCAGAAGAAUUGCCCAGGAAUCUUCAAGGAUAUCAAUAGGUGGAAUGGAGGAUGUCUAUGGCUCGCUGAAAGAGCUCAUUCAUUUGCCCCUCUUUUAUCCCAACACCCUAAGAAAGCUGGGUGUUUCGUGCCCAAGAGGAGUGCUGCUAGUUGGGCCACCAGGUGUGGGAAAGACCAUGCUAGUGAGAAGUGUGGUGAAGGAGGUGGGCGCCUCUCUGAUAACAAUCAACGGGCCUGUGAUCCUUGGAUCCAGGCCUGGGGAGAGUGAGGAGAACUUGAGGGCCAUGUUCCAACAGGCUCGGGAAGCUGCUGAAGACGGACCCUGUGUCCUGUUCAUCGACGAGAUAGACUCCCUGUGUCCUAAGAGAGCCGGCUCCUCGAGUGCGCCAGAGAACAGAGUGGUGGCCCAGCUACUGACCUUGAUGGACGGCAUGGUCAGCAGAGACCACUUUGUAACCAUUGGAGCAACAAAUCAGCCGGACACAUUAGAUCCUGCCCUUAGAAGGCCUGGCCGAUUCGACAGAGAAGUCAUCAUUGGUGUUCCAACUCUUACACAAAGAAAAUCAAUCCUGGAGUAUCUGAGUGAAAAGAUGCCCCUCUCUUGCAGUGUUGAUCUGAUCGCUCUGGCUGAAGUGACCACUGGAUACGUGGGUGCUGACCUGAGUGCCCUCUGCAGAGAGGCAGCUCUUCAGGCCAUCCUCCGCUCGCCCGAGGACACAGAUGUGAAAGCCAUCGAAAUGCAGCACUUCCAUGAAGCUCUGAAGAUAGUACAGCCUUCUUGUUUAAGAAGCAGUAUUGGCCUGACUGAUUACAAACCAAUCACCUGGGAACAGAUAGGAGGGCUUGAUGAUGUCAAACUCAAAUUAAAACAGAGUAUUGAAUGGCCCAUGAAAUACCCAGAGUCAUUCAUAAGACUGGGCCUGUUGCGCCCCAAAGGGAUACUUCUCUAUGGCCCACCAGGAUGUGCCAAGACCACGCUGGUCAAAGCUGCAGCCUCCUCCUCACACUGUGCCUUUCUGUCUGUCAGCGGGGCGGACCUCUUCUCACCCUUUGUAGGAGACUCAGAGAAGGCCUUGGCUCAGCUGUUCCAUCAGGCAAGAGCCUGUGCUCCCUCCAUUGUGUUCCUGGAUGAGGUGGACACCCUGCUGGGCUCCAGAGGAGACACUCGAGUUCCCCACAGCGUCCAGGCCCAGGUGCUGUCAGUGCUGCUGACCGAGCUGGAUGGCAUUGGCCUAAAGACAAUGGAGAGAAGAGGCACCCAGAGGAUGCUCUGCGUGUCCGAGGAGCGUCCAGAGUCCCAGCAGGAGCAUCAGAUGGAGUAUCAUGAGGUAUGCAACAAGGAUGUGAUGAUUGUUGCUGCUACAAAUCGCCCUGAUGCUUUGGACAGUGCCCUGAUGCGUCCUGGCAGGCUUGAUAGAAUAAUUUAUGUACCACCCCCUGACUAUGAGGCUCGACUGGCCAUACUGAGGCUUUGCACAGAAAAGAUGCCCCUGGAUUCAGAUGUGUCAUUGGAAGAGCUGGCGAGUCAAACAUCCCUCUUUUCUGGGGCUGACCUAGAAAAUCUGUGCAAAGAGGCAGCUCUUUUGACUCUUCAUGAGAAGACUAUGGAAGCUUCCAGAAUCCAGCAAAAAUACUUAAUUAAAGCCUUACAAAAUUCAAAGCCCUCCCUCAGUGCACUCCAAAUGGAAAGUUAUCAUCACCUUUUUACAUGACAGGUGUUCCUAUGACUGGUAUAUUCAAGUGAAAAUGAAUACAAAUUAAGUGUGUGUACAUGUGUGUAAAUAUUUUAUGUUUAUUUAUUAUAAUA